AUGGCUCCUCAGCGAAAUCAUAUCGGGGCAAGCCGCAGACAACGCAGAGACGACGAUGGUGAAGAUGAGGGUUCUCUUGCGGGCGACCUUGAAGACGACUCUUUGAGUGAGGGUUCAGUCCAUAGUCAUCCAGAAGACGAGGAUGCCGAUGUGGAAGGCAGUGACACGGAGGACGAGGCAUCGAUGGGAACGAGAACAGACAAGGUGAAUGGUGGGAGGACCAACGGACGAGAACCACGGUAUGGUUCUGUAUCAGCCUCCAAGCCGGGACUUAAAACAACAGUAUCCGAUACGGAGGCGAUGCUGAAUGGGCUGAAACUCUCCGAUGACUCAGAAGAUGUUCAGUGCAAUCAGAUGAACGAAGAUCGAGAGCUCCAGCUUGGUCGAGCGCCGUCGGCACCUCCUACGGAACCGAAACGGGAAACACUGGCUGCUCGAAAGCGCCGCGAGCAUGACAAGUACGUCAAGGAAAGGGACCAAAAUCCGGCCUUCGUUCCCACGCGAGGAAGUUUCUUCUUGCACGACAAACGGACAACGGAGUUGAAAUCCAGCAAUCAUCGUCCCGCCAGCAAGGGCAAGUCUCGGCCGUACGGUCUCAUUGUAGAUGGCAAUACUCAAAGGGACUCUUCCAAGGCUGAUGCAAGUGGUGGGCAGUGGGCUCACGACCUCCACGAUACGGUAGCUGGAGAUGAGCCGCCGGCGCCCAAACAUUCAGUUCCUUCUACUACACGUCAAGCUGCGCCGCUUGUUCCCACCGCACCCAAGUCCUCCUCUCCGAAUAGAACAUUCUCUAACACCAUUUUAUUGGGCAAUGUACCGGUCGUAGUCUUUCUGCCGGGAAUGACCCAGCCGAAAAUCACAACGAUGGCUAAAAAACAGCACACUCGACUGCCUCAACAUCGCCCUCCCUUGCGCCGUGACAAGCCGGUGCGGAUCUCUCUCCCCAAUCAAGCUCCUCGCUACAUAUUUCCAUCGGAGGAACGUUCAUUCGUCUUCAUCCCUCGCGCGAUGCGCCCCAACCAGCACACAUAUCGUGGUCGGGGCCGAGGAGGAGGAUUCUACCCACGACGCUCAAGUUUCUACUCCAGUUAUGCCCCUAGCAUUCCUCCGAGCCGUCGAACCUCGCUUGGCAUGUCAUCGCAGGACAGCUAUCCCUCACCCGCCGGGUCAGGCUACUCGCGCCCGAUUAUGAUGCCACCUGAUGGCGGCAAACCUAUUGUUCGUCUACCCCCAUCGCGUCCUAUAGUCCCGAUCGGUUUGCCCAUGGCACCUGGUGGGAUGCCUAUAGGUCCCCCAGGCCCCAUGCCUCCCAUGUCACUUCCACAUCCUGUCUACCGUGAAAGUCGGCCCGCUCCAAUUCCCAUGCAUCAACCUCGCCCUAAGAAGACGGUGUCUGUGGCAGAUAUUGAAAGUCCGGACAACUUCCCAUUCAAUCCUCCACAACCUCAGCAUGAGCAACCAUUCCAUCAUCAAGUCCCCAUUCCCGUCGGUGCUCCUGGUCAGGAUGUGGUCUCUCGUGGCCCACCCAGUCAAUCCUCUGCUACUCCGCUCUCUCAAAUCCCCGAGAGAGCAAUCCACGCACCAGCAUUUCAACCGUACCCCUCGUAUCCCCAGCCAGGCUACUAUUCAGGUCCAAAUUACUAUGGCGGUGGGAUGUACUAUCCUAGCUCUGCUUCUGACUACCCUACCUAUAAUGGGCCGAUGGGACCUGGUGCAUCGGUUCCAAACUUCCCUCAUGGUCAGCAAAGUAUUCCACAAGCUCCAGGCCCAUCUCUUGAGCCAGCAUCUCAACCGGGGACAGUUGCUCAUGAGUCUGGUGGUACCGUUUAUUUCUAUGAUGCGAAUCAAAUGUAUCCCAAUUAUGGGGCGCCCGGACCUGGACCCGGCUCUGGGGUGGUGGGGAUGGGAGGUAUGAUGACGCCGCCUGGCACAGGGUACUACUACCCCCAACCGCCUGGGGCAUAUUACAACCAGUGA